UUUGUUUGGGGGAAGAAUGGGUACUCAACGAGGAAUUGGGCCGAAAUUGGUCAAAGCCCAAAAACGAGGCAGGAACCACACGCACCCGCGUCCCGCCGCAACCCAGCCAACCGCCACGGCAUGGCCUCGUCCUCUCUCUUCGCCGCGGCGCGCCGCCUGCUCCGCCUCGGCGGCCGCGGCCGCAGCUGGAUCCCCCCAUCUCGCGCCGCCGCUUCCUCGUCUCGCAGCAACAGCGAGGAGAAGCGACCGCCGCCGGCGCGGCCACCGAGCCUGCAGUCCACGCUGUGGCCGCUGGGCCACCCGGGCACGCUCCUGGUGCCGGAGAUCGAACUGUGGGCGGCGCGGCCCGGAAAUCGCUUCCGUGCCGUUGAGCUCCAGCGCAUCGUCAAGGAGCUCCGCAGGCGACGCCGCCCCCGCCAGGCCCUCGAGGUCUCCGAAUGGAUGAACCUUAAGGGUCACGUCAAAUUCCUGCCUAAGGAUCAUGCAGUUCACCUGGAUUUGAUCGGUGAAAUUCAUGGAGUUGGAGCAGCAGAGACCUACUUCAAUAAUCUGUCUGACAAUGAUAAGACAGAGAAACCCUAUGGUGCACUUCUGAACUGCUACGCACGAGAGCUCCUUGUCGACAAAGCAUUGGCCCAUUUUCAGAAGAUGAAAGAGCUGGGCUUUUUAUUCUCCCCACUCCCGUACAACAACCUCAUGAGCCUCUACACCAACCUGGGGCAGCAUGAGAGGGUCCCUUCGGUGAUGGCAGAAAUGAAAAGCAAUGGGAUUAUUCCUGACCAAUUUAGCUACAGAAUAUGCAUUAAUUCUUAUGGUGUGAAAGCAGAUUUUUUUGGUCUGGAGAACACCCUGGAGGAGAUGGAGUGUGAGCCUCAAAUUACUGUUGACUGGAAUACCUAUGCUGUUGUGGCGAAUAACUAUAUUAAGGGAAACCUAAGAGAUAAGGCAUACUCUGCAUUACAGAAAGCAGAGUCAAAAAUAGAUGAAAAAGAUUCGGAUUGCUAUAACCACCUGAUUUCCUUGUAUGGUCACCUGGGGGACAAAUCAGAGGUCAAGAGGCUGUGGGCACUCCAAAUGUUGAACUGCAAGAGGCAUAUUAAUAGGGACUACACCUCAAUGCUUGCUGUACUCAUGAAGCUUGAUGAGAUCGCAGAAGCUGAAGCUCUGUUGAAAGAGUGGGAGUCUAGCAAAAAUGCAUUCGACUUCCAUGUUCCAAAUGUCCUGCUCACCGGGUACCGCCAGAAGGACUUGCUGGACAAGGCUGAGACACUGCUCGACGACUUCUUGAAAAAGGGAAAGGUGCCUACUUCAACCAGCUGGGCCAUUGUGGCUAUUGGCUAUGCAGAGAAAGGUAAUGUUGUGAAAGCUUAUGAGCUGACUAAGAAAGCCCUCCGUGUAUACACGCCAAAUAGUGGCUGGAUCCCUAGGCCUUCAAUGAUUGAGAUGAUACUUAAGUAUCUUGGAGAUGAAGGAGAGCUCAAGGAUGUCGAAACUUUUGUUGAUCUGCUGAAAGUUGCUGUGCCAAUGAACUCGGACAUGACCGAGGCUCUGUCAAGGGCUCGUGCAAGAGAAGAGAAGGAGGUUGCGGAGACAAAUGCAUGAAGGCUGUUGUUGCCCGAGCUCUUGAUUAUUAACGAGACGGAGCUUUAGUUCUGCUGCUGUUGCCCUCCCUUCAAACUUCUAGUCGUUCUACUUGGAAAUAAUUAUGUCAGUUUUAGAAUUUCUCUAGUUCAUAUGACUGUCUUUGUAGGGUGGCACUAGUAACUUAUGUGAAGUAUUUUUUUAGUGGAAAUGCAAGGAAUAGAAAAGGCGAAGUCUUAGUCGGCAAAA